AUGAAACUCAAAAAUAUUUCAUUAAGUGAUUUCAAUUCUUAAUUGACUAAAUCUUAAAUUUGUUUUGAUCAUCUCUUAUUGACUGAAUUACUUUUGGUCUACACUUUUAUUUAUUUUGGAGCGAUGAUAUAAAUGUAACUUUUGAAAAGUAUUAUCAAUAGAAUAAAAAUAAUUGAGUGCUAAAUUAAUUGCGACUAUAAAGUAAAAUGAAAAAGAAUUGUAAAAUUUGAAAGAAUAAUAUUAAUAAGCACUUUAAGAUAAUAUAAAUCUUAAAAAUUAAUAUGAAUAAGAUAAGACUGCAAUUAUAAAGAAAUGCGAAGAUGAAUGUAAUAGAAUUUCGAUAUUAUUCUAUAGAAAAUAAAGUAAAAUAGGAAUUUGAUGAAAAUUUAAGUUAAUAAAAAUCAUAAUUAUAACAAGCAUUAAUCAAACUUGAUUAAAUUGAUAAAGUUAAAUUAGAAUAAGAAAAAUAAAAUAAACUAGAAUUAGAAAAAGUAUAUUUUUAAUAUAUUUAUUAUAUUAUUUUUAGAUUCAAUCAUAUAAUAAAUCAUUAUCAUUUUCAAAUACUUAUAAGAACAGUAAUUGUUCAAUAACUGAAGCAGGAAAAGUUGUAGCAGAAGUUAGUAAUAAUGGAUGGUAUUAUUGUCUUUGUGAAUAAGCAAUUCCAAAGACUGGCAAAAUAUAGUUUGCAUUUUAAAUGAUAAGUGGAUCAUGUAUGGUUGGAAUAGGAUUUAAAGAGAUUAUGUAGACAAAUAAUUAUAGCGAUUGUUAUGAAACUGGGUAUGGUAUAUAAUUAAAUUAUAAUAGAACAUAUUUAAUAGACAACGAUAGAUAUUCUUUUUCUCAUCAUAACAAAGAUGUACAUAAUGAAUAAUUAUCCUUUUCAUUUACAACUAAUGAUAUAAUAAUAAUUGAAGUAUGUAUUGAACAUAAAUACAUUAAAUGGAAUAAAUAGAAUAAUGCAUAAUUAACAUUUGUUGUAAAUAUAAAAUCGAUUAUUAGUAGUUGGAUAUAGAUACAUCAUAACAAUUAUAUCCAUGUGUAGGUGUUGCUCAUAAUUCUAAAAUAAAAAUAUUGGAUAAUAUACCAGUUUAAUGA